GACCAUUAGUGAAGUUAUCUAUACUCCGAUAUGUAUCCUAUUUUAUCGGUCACAUACACCCCCUUACUAUAUUUAUAGUCACGCGAGGAAACUUUAAAUCUAAAAUUGAGUAAACACAGGAGAUAUCAAAAAUAAGUAAAAACCGUAAUACUGAUGUCGUCCUCGGAGGAAAAUGGUCAGUCUAAGUCCGAUCAGGACACGGACAGACACACUGUACCCAUAGGCUCUACCGGCCUCUCUAUCAAUCUCACCUACGUCAAAAGUCUUCUAGGUAUCUUCGAAGCAGCCAUGAUAAUUCUAUCGCUCAUUUGUUUGAUAUGUGCUGGAGCGGGGGCUAAUUUAGCCUGCGACUAUUCCUACGGGUCAAACUAUGGAUUCUAUGAAUUCGUGGCGGGCAGUGUGUUCUUUACAGACUUCAUCAACUACAUAAUAUUCGCCAUCAGUAUUGACGAGAAAUGGUGCUUAAGACUGGUGCCCUGGCUCAUCUGGCAUUUCGUCGUGGGUGUGAUCUUCACGUUUCUGUUUUUCAUUGCGUCCCUCGUGAUGGUCACCCACACCUGCGGACAAGGGGGCUACGCUGCAGCGGCGGUGUUUGGUUUUAUAGCCACUAUAGUGUCGGGGGUGGACACCUUCUUUUGUCUACUUGCUCUGCGUCAGGACCACGCUCCCACCGACAACAAAGUCCUCAACAUUCUGGGGGUCCCUCGUUCCAGCAGCGCGUCCCCCCAAAGUCCACAAUACGAUUCGGAGAGUGUACCGGAAUCUCCUAAAUAUUGAGAGAUUUACUUUUAGACUUAUUUGUUGAACAAGAAACCAGUGAAAAAAUUCUGUCUUUGAAAGGAUGAACUUUUGUUCAGGUGAAUGGUCACUGUACGUCAAACUAAGCAUAAGUUGUGUAUGAAUUAUGUUUAGGAUUAUGUUAUGAUGUGCCUUAUAGGUUUAUAUACAUGUGUGUGUAUUUGUUUGAAAAGAUUUUAUAACAUGAAUACAUGGAAAUAAUUUGUUGAAGAUGAAAAAAAGGACUUGACUUAAA